AUGCAAUUUUCUAGAAUUGCAAACCCAUUUUUUGUUGCUUCAAGGGGUUUUUGGGAGAUAAGAUUACAUAUAAAAAAUGCACCUCAGACCAUCUUCUCUUCUACCAUAUCAUUCUUCCGACCCUGUAAACCGCGGAGUUUUUACUUUUCUCGACAAUACAAUACAUCUAUGAUCCCUUCAGAUUUUUCUGGUAACUAUUUUCCCUUUGAUGGUGUAGUACCUAAGCAUGAAACUCAGGCUUUUGAGUUCUUGAAGAAGUACCCAGAGUAUGAUGGACGAGGCGUUACUGUGGGUAUCUUAGAUACAGGUGUGGAUCCUGGUGCGCCUGGGCUUUCCCUCACGAGUACCGGAGAAGCCAAAUUUAAAAAUGUCGUUGAUUGCACCGGAGCAGGAGAUGUUGAUACAUCACUUGAAGUGGAAUCCCUUGAUAAUGGUACAUCUAAUGAAUAUAUUAGUGUUCAAGGACGUUCUGGAAGAACAUUGAAACUUUCAAAAAAAUGGAAGAACCCUAGCAAGAAAUGGAGGGUUGGAUGCAAAUUUGGUUAUGACUUUUUCCCUAGUGAUUUACGAAAGCGUCUUCAAGGAUUGGAGACGGAAGAUAUGAACAAGAACAAUCGAAAACUUUUACAAGAAACUACUGAAGAAUAUGCAAAGUUUAAAGCUGAAACCCCCGAAAUUCCUACCGACAAAGACAAAUUAUUGAAAUUGAAAGAGCUAGAAGCUCGCAUCGAAUGCCUAAAGGAAUUUGGUGAAAAGUUUGAAAAGAAUGGUCCUCUUUAUGAUAUCGUUACGUUUCAUGAUGGCGAGCACUGGCAUGUUGUCGUGGACGCAAGUCAGUCCGGUGAUUUGACUGAGCAAAAACCUCUUCGUCCGUUCUCGGUUGCUCAGGAAUGGAACACUUUUGGAUCCAAAGAUUUACUAAGCUACGGUGUUCAUGUUUAUGACAAUGGUAAUGUUACUUCCUUAGUCGCUGUUAGCGGAACUCAUGGGACUCAUGUUGGUGGUAUCAUUGGUGCUCAUCAUCCUGAAAAGCCAGAUCUGAAUGGUGCCGCACCUGGAUGUCGACUUGUCUCACUAAUGAUUGGUGAUGGAAGAUUAGAUUCUUUAGAAACAAGUCAUGCUUUUUCUCGUGCAUGCACGGAAAUUGUAAAAAACGAAGUUGAUAUCAUUAACAUUAGUUUUGGAGAAGAUGCUGGUGUUUGUGAUAAGGGAAGAGUUGUUGAGCUUCUUCGCGAUGAGCUUUCUGGCAAAAGGAAUGUCAUAAUUGUCUCUUCUGCUGGUAAUAAUGGACCUGCUUAUACCACUGUCGGCGCCCCUGGUGGAACUACGACCGAUGUUAUUUCAGUAGGCGCAUAUGUCACUGGAAGCAUGAUGCAAGCCCAAUACAGUCUUCUUUCAAAUGUGCGUGAUACUCCAUAUACCUGGUGUUCCCGUGGUCCUACUCUAGACGGUGAUACUGGCGUAUCUAUCUAUGCACCUGGCGGCGCCAUUACGUCUGUCCCUCCUUAUUCCUUACAAAACAGCCAGUUAAUGAAUGGAACUAGUAUGUCUUCUCCUUCAGCAUGUGGUGGUAUUGCGUUAAUUUUGUCAGCACUUAAGGCUCAAAAUAUUGCAUACACUGCUUCUGGUGUUAAGAAAGCGGUCAUGUACACAUCGAAGGAUGUGCGAGAUGAAUUUGAGGCUGGAAUGUUACAAGUCGAUACCGCCUAUAGUUACUUGACGGAGUCUGAUGCAGAAGCUGCUUCUUCGCGCUCAUUCACAAUUAAAGGAAAUUUUGGGAAUAGCAAACGUGGUGUUUAUCUUCGUGAGAUGGCUGACCUUGCUAGUCCUUCCCGUCACACAUUUACUGUUGCUCCCAAGUUCGAAGAAGGAGAAGAAGCAGCUAAAUCUCAAUUUGAAGUACAAAUUUCUCUUGCGACAACGCAACCUUGGAUUCAAGCUCCAGAGUACGUGAUGAUGGCUGGAACAGGAAGAGCUAUUUCUGUACGUGUCGAUCCUACCGUUUUAACUACUGGCUUCCAUUUCGGUAAAGUGAAGGCUUUUGAAGCUACUAAAGCUUCUCGACGUUGUUUGUUUGAAAUUCCUGUAACGGUCAUGAAACCAUCUACAGUAGUAAAUGCAAACUUUUCUCUUCGUGAUGUCUCCUUCGAGCCAACAUUGAUUCGUCGUAAUUUCCUUGUACCCCCUAAGGGAGCUACUUAUGCUGAAAUUCGCGUCAAGGCCGUUUCACCUUUAGAGUCCUCCAAUAUGCUUUGGAUUAGUACCAAUCAGACUCUGCCACAGACAAAACUCAAGGAUGCAUCCACAGAACUUAUAAUGUCCGUAUCGGAUAAUGAAGUGACUAAUAAACUAGUACCCAUUCACGAUACACAUACCCUUGAGCUUUGCAUGGCACAAUGGUGGUCUUCUUUGGAACCUAUGACUUUGGAUAUUGAUGUUAAUUUCCAUGGUAUUCAAAUUUUGAACGGAAGUGAAAUUACACUUCAUGGCAAUAAAGGACUUGAACGCCUUGAUUGCAUCAGCGUUCGUCGAGAGAAGUUUAAGCCUGAGAUUUCUCUUGAUAAAUUUACCGAAUCUUACAAGCCAACUGAAUCUGUAAUACAACCUCUUGGUGAACGAGAUAUACUUCCAGAUAAUCAGCAGUUGUUUGAAUUGAUUAACACCUAUCCAUUGACAGUGGAGGAUAAGCUUGAUUUGACAGCAGAUUUUUCUGUUCCACAUAACAUGUACGACAAUGGUUUUAAUGGAAUAUUUUUCAUGAUUUUCGAUUCUCAGAAGCAAAGAGUUCACUAUGGUGAUAUGUACGCAUCAUCCCAUUCCCUUGAAAAAGGUGAAUAUGUGUAUAAAAUACAAUUAUUAAGCGUGGACCCAAUCAAGCUAGAAAGAUUCAAAAACUUGACUAUGAAAUUAACUAAAAAGUUGAAAAAAUCGAUCACUCUUCCACUUUACUCUGACCACAUAGACUUUUGUGACAAUAAAAAGGAAAGUUUUGAUCGAGCAGUUGUUGAAGCCAAUAUCGUAAAGAGCUUUGUUGUUGGUACAGAGAUUGAAGAAUAUCCUUCUGAAAUUAACGACAAGUCCGUGCUUACUGGUACUCUGAAAUUUAAUGACUGUGAUAAAGCAUCCGUUCCUGUAUCCUUAAUUCCUUCUUCAAAGCCCAUUGAGAAGCCUUCCUCUACCAAGGAGACUCCUAAUUUGGUUCAGUUGCAAGUCGACCUCCUAUCUAAAUUGGAAGGUACCGAUAAAGAUAAGCACUUGAAAUACCUCCAAUCUACUUAUAAGAACAGCUUGGAAGUUCAACUUGCAAGAUUGGAUACUGCCAAGGAAGACAAUGAACGUCUAUCCGUUGCUGAAUCCAUUUUGUCCCUUAUUGAUCAAGAGGCGCUUUCCCGUUAUUACAGCAGUCAAAAGAAGGUUGAUGACACUAUUCCAAAGGACACUAUUUUGGAAAAGAGCACCGCCAUGCAAAAGGAUGCCUUCAUCAAAGCUCUUGAAGUGAAGUGUUCUUUAUAUGCUAAGCAACCUAGCAAAGACGCAGAUGGUUAUUGCAAGUCUUAUCAAUUGUUGUUGAAUUGGUUAGAAGAUUCUGAUUCUCGUGUUGCAGUAAUUAAAAAGGACUAUUAUAAGAGCUUGCCUCAAUAUGGUUUAGCCUUGAAGGCUUUAAUGAAACAAAUUAAUGAGAACGGCAAUUCUGGAAAGUCAGACAUUGCUAAGCUUUUUGACGAAGAAAAAGACUUGUUGCAGAAAUUGGGCUGGACAUUCUGGCUCGAUGUAUCGAAAGUUAAUUCCGUAAAAAGAAUUCCUCCUUACGGUUAUGAAUUAUUUUAA